AUGCCACCACUGCUUGCUGGUAGGUUUGCUUAUCCAUCGGCAAAUACUACUCCACCCGGAUGGGCCUACCUUAUCAAUGAAGCUGGAGGUAAGAUAACAGAACUUGCAAUGGCUGUAACGGAACUUCCAGCGAGAAGCACCAGUAAAAAAGAUGUCCCGAUCGAACGAACCAGUAACGUCCUUAAAGACAGAGUCAACGACUCCCAAGGAUUAAAUCGAUCAAAGAGAGAAGGGAGUCCGAAGGACCCGAGAGCCAAAGGGUCACAUAAAGACAUGAAGGUUUCCUACUCCGUCUAUCCCACCUUUCCCUAUAAGAGACUCUAA